CAUCAUCAUUUUUUUUGAAUACCUACCCACUCGCUCAUUAUUAUAUGUAAGUUAAUAACCCUAGUGAUUGGAUUUAUAUAUUUCUUUUUUUUGUUAUUGAUAAUAAAGUAAAAAUAAAUGUGAUAUGAUAUAAUUAUCAAAUAGAAGAUUUUUUUGAUUUUUCAUCGAAUGACUAUUCAUCUAUUGUAUUUUCAUGUAAAUAGAGGGAAAAAGCUCUAUGGAAAAAUGGUGGUUAAAUUCUAUGUUGCGUAAUAGGGAGUUAGCAUACAAGUGUGGGUUAAGUAAAUCAACGGAUAGGUUCGGUCCUAUUGAAAAUACCAGUGUAAGUGAAGACCCGCCUAUUUUAACUGAUAUGGAUAAAAACAUUCAUAGUUGGAAUGAUAUUGAGAAUUGUAGUUACAACAAUGUUGAUUAUUUAGUAGGUGUGGAGAACAUCCGGAAUUUCCUAUCUAAUAAAAGUUUUUUAGUUAGGGAUAGUAAGAGGAACAUUCCAUAUAUUUUGCUAUUGAAAAUCAAAUUUUGGAGAUUGAUAAUGAUCAUUUGUUUUUAAGUGAACUAGAAAGUUUUUUUUCUAGGUAUACGAAUUCUAUCUAUUUGAAUAACAACUCUAAAGGGGAUGGUGAUCAUUACAUGUAUGAUACUGAAUCUAGUUGGAAUAAUAACAUUAAUAGUUUCAUUGAAAAUUAUAUUCGUUCUCAAAUUUGUAUUGAUAAUUACAUUUUAGGUGAUGGUGACAAAUACAAUGAUAGUUACUUUUAUAGUUAUAUUUGUAGUACGAUAAGAAAAAAAAGUAGUGAAAGGGAGAGGACUAGCAUAAUAAUAAUCUAAAUGAUAGUGAUUUCACUAAAAUAGAAGGUUCUAAUGAUCUCGAUGAGACUCAAAAAUACAAACAUUUGUGGAUUGAAUGCGAAAAUUGUUAUGGAUUAAAUUAUAAGAAAAUUUUGAAAUAAAAAAUGAAUAUUUGUGAACACUGUGGGUAUCAUUUGAAAAUGAGCAGUUCAGAUAGAAUCGAACUUUCGAUUGAUCCGGGUACUUGGAAUCCAAUGGAUGAAGACAUGAUUUCUGUGGAUCCCAUUGAAUUUCAUUCCGAAGAGGAACCUUAUAAAGAUCGUAUUGAUUCUUAUAAAAAAACAACAGGAUUAACCGAGGCUGUUCAAACAGGUACGGGUCAUUUAAAUGGUAUUCUUGUAACAAUUGGGAUUAUGGAUUUUGAGUUUAUGGGAGGUAGUAUGGGAUCCGUAGUAGGGAAAAUCACCCAGUUGGUCGAAUAUGCUACCAACCAACUUUUACCUCUUAUUGUAGUAUGUGCAUCUGGAGGAGCACGUAUGCAAGAAGGAAGUUUGAGUUUGAUGCAAAUGGCUAAAAUAUCUUCUGCUUUAUAUGAUUAUCAACUAAAUAAAAAGUUAUUCUAUGUAUCAAUCCUUACAUCUCCCACUACUGGUGGGGUAACGGCUAGUUUUCGUAUGUUGGGAGAUAUCAUUAUUGCCGAACCAAAUGCUUACAUUGUAUUUGCGGGUAAAAGAGUAAUUGAACAAACGUUGAAUAAGGCAGUACCCGAAGGUUCACAAGCGGCAGAAUAUUUAUUCCAUAAGGGCUUGUUUGAUUCAAUCGUACCACGUAAUCCUUUAAAAGGGAUUCUAAGUGAGUUAUUUCAGCUCCACGCUUUCUUUCCUUUGAUUCAAAAUGAAAAAGAAAGCAGAUCCUAAAAUCA